CGUUGGGGCCUCUUCUGUGGCUCACCAUUUGGUCCCCGCACGUAAUAUAAGAAAAGGUCAACACUACACCGAACUGAUGCGUCUUUUGCCUGGCUUCCCUUCUUCAUCUCUUCAACUACACACAUACGAGGCUCGCCCAAUUAUGGAAAUCAUGACUCGUGACUACCUCCAUGAAAUGACAUUCUACGACGUCCUCAUGGCCUCCAUGAGGGAUUGUGAUGCCAUCUCUUUUAGGACUUGUAGCGAGGUUGAGGGUCCUUACUGCGACUACUUGAACACCCAGCAUGGGAAGCGGGUCUUAUUGGCCGGACCAUCGUUGCCCGACCCGCCCACCUCCAAGGUAGAAGAAAAGUGGGAGAAAUGGCUGGGAGGGUUCGAGAAGGGAUCUGUGGUAUAUUGCGCACUUGGGAGCGAGUGGGUUCUCAAGAAGGAGGAGUUACAAGAGCUGGUGCUGGGUCUAGACUCCACUGGGCUUCCUUUCUUAGCUGCACUGAAACCUCCGUUUGGUUGUGAGACGGUGGAAGAAGCAUUGCCUGAAGGGUUCAAAGAAAGGUUGGAAGGAAGAGGAGUGGUUCAUGGGGGUUGGGUACAGCAGACGUUUAUAUUAGGGCACCCAUCGGUGGGGUGUUUUAUAACACAUUGUGGGGGAUCUUCUACUUGGGAAUCGUUGAUGAAUGAUUGUCAAGUGGUGGUGUUACCUCAAAUAGCGGAUCAGUUUUUUAAUGCGAAGUUGUUGAGUAGAGAUCUGAAGGUGGCUGUGGAGGUGGAGAGAAGGGAAGAGGAUGGAUGGUACACCAAGAAGGACGUGUGUAAGGCGGUGAAUCUCGUGAUGGAAGUAAACAGCAAGAUUGGGAAUGAAGUGAGAGCCAACCACUCCAGGUGGAAGGACGUGUUGUUAAGCCCAGCCCUCGAGUCUUCCUAUCUAGACAGUUUCGUGCAGAAGCUGUUUGAUAUAACAAAAAACCCCCGCCACCCUUACACUACUACAUAAUGCUUAAC